AUGAUAUUUAAAUUAUUUAUUUUUAAUUUUUUCUUUGGUUUGUUUUUUUGCCAUACAAAAGUUAAAUAUUCUUAUCCUCAACAUGAAAUUUUAAAAAUUGAUUCAGAAAAUAUUCAAAAUAUUUUCGAAACAAAUGAUUAUUGGCUUAUAAAAUUUUAUUCUCCUCAUUGUGUACACUGUAAACAAAUAUGGAAUACUAUAAUAAAUUUAAAAAUAUUAAUCCAAAAUGAUAAAGAAAAAAAAAUUUAUUUUGGUGAAGUAAAUUGUGACGAUAAUUUGGGAAGAACAAUCUGCAAAAAAUAUGAUGUUCUAAAUAUACCUCAACUAAAAUUGUUUAAAGGAAAUGAAUUAAUAUCAACUUAUUCAAAUUAUGCAAAUAAUGAAAAUUCUAUAAAAAGAUGGAUAUAUUAUGUUACAACACCAAUUUUUUUUGAUAUAUAUUCUGAAGAGGAGUUUAAUUCUUAUAAAACGGAAGAUAACAUUUUCUUAAUUUGUUCUCAAAUUUUGAACGAAGAUUUAAUUAGGGCAGCUAAGUUGUACUAUGAAGAAAAUUAUUUUAUAAACAUUAAAAAUCAUGAAAUAUGUGAAAAAUUAAAUAUCAAGUCGAAUCAAUUAUACGUUAAAGGCUUAUACAAGCAUAGCACAUACAACCUAGAUCAAGUGGAUUUUAAAUCAUUAAAAUCUUUCAUAAAUAAAAAUAGAUUUCCUUUAGUAAAUAAAAUUGACCAUCACAAUUUUUUUAAUUUAAGAAGUAGUGGAAAUAAUUUAAUAUUACUAUUACUUGAUUUAAAAAAAAGUCAUAAUGUAUUUAUUUCAGUAUUCACUAAAUAUGCUGAAAAAUACAAAAGUUUCAAUGAUUUAAUUUUUGGAUUUAUUGAUGGAAAUUAUUAUAAAGAGAAUUUAGAACUAUAUGGAAUUGACUCAAGAAAUUAUCCUCAAAUUAUCGUAUUUAGCAAAAAUCCUCGUGAAUAUUAUUUUGAAGACGAUUUUGAUCUAGAUCAUGUAGAUAAAAUUAUAGAUAAUAUCUUGAACAAUAAAAUUAAUUCAAAAGUUGAAGAAUUUACUAAAACAAAAAUAUUAUUAUCAAGAUUCAAAAAACACAUGAAUCAUAUUUUGGAAAAAGCAUUUAGAACAGAUUAUAUUUCAUUCUUUGGCUUUUUAUGUUCAGUUAUUUUAAUAAUAUUUACUGCUAUUUUAGUGAUACAUACAAUUUAUAAAUUUAUAAAUAAAUCAGGUCCUUAUUCAAAAGAAAAAAGUAAAUAG